CUACCAGUCCUCCUACUAUUCCGUUCGGUCUAUUUAUGGUCUUUCGAAGAACGCGAGAGGCCAAAGCGGCCCUCCUCGCAAUCGAACUACCAUCGAAAUCGCGAAACGAACGGAAAAUACCGCAUGCGGUAUUCGAGUUCGGUUUACCUUCCGUACAGGACCGUAUUGGUCGUCGCUGAGUUACGACUCUUGGAACGAGAAAGAGAGGUACGGAGGGAAAGGAGAACGAAAGAAAGAAAGGGGAGAAGAUUGAGAGAAAGAGAAAGAGAACAAAUGCGAUUUCCCUAAUGCCUUCCAAGACCCACGGAGUCAAACGUUAUUAUACUCGGUGAAGACUUUAUAAUGGGGAUACGUUGAAACUUCUUAAAACUACGUGGUGCACGUUGUUUAUUCCUUUUUCUCUUUCUUUCUCUCUGUCUUUCGAUUAUUUCUUUUUUUCUUUUUUUAUUAUAUUCUUUUUUUUCCUUUUUUCCUGGUCUUUGUUUUUUUUUUUUUUUUUUUGUUUUUUUUUUUCAUAAAGGGACAAUGGACAUUUUUGUCAGACACAUUUGCUUUGCCGAACGACCUCGAUGAGAUAUUCGAUUUAUAAUAUUAUUUCAUGGUAUUUAGACGAUAUAUACUCUUCUUUUGAAAAGUAUCGCGUACCUACUACGAUAUGCAUAUUAAAACGUGUAUGGUUAUACGUUCUCUCGUAUCUCUCGGUGAGUUCAGUAUUAAUUCGAUAUCUCUCUAUCGACCGGUUUCUACACGAUAUCGUUUGCGAUCCCACCUUCUGUUCUCGUUCCCUCCUUCGUACAUACGUACGUACAUACGUACAACAGUUCGUACGUUUGCUAGCAAGGCCGGAAAUUAAGCCUUAAUCAGGGAGGCGGAAUUUUGAUGAGAUUUUACGCAAACGAUAGAUUCUUCAGGGAUUUACAUACAUAUAUAUUCGUGCGUCGUUACUACACAACACGCAUACAUAUAAAUAUAUAUAUAUAUAUAUAUAUAUAUAUAUAUAUAUAUAUAUAUUUUGGUACGUAAGUACGUGCGUGUGUGUUACCGUAAUUUAAUGACUUUUAAUAUAAACAACCUUCGUACUUCGGGGAUAAUGAAAAUGCUGAUACGAGAAGAAAGGUGGGUAUUCUGAUAUAUUUUUUUUUUACGUAAUUUUCUAUCCUCUAUAUAUUGCAAGUUUUCUUACGAACGAUCGAAAUAAUUUCGAUCAAUGGACUUUUACGUAAUGAAUUUUACAAUACAUCCCCUUCCAACCUCCCUCCCCGUUAUGCAUCUUGUCGUUAUUUCUCUUAAAAAUUGCGAACAAUCAAGAAGAAGAGAAGAAAUCAUUCGAUAUCUUUCAAAGAUCUUUUAUAAAAGGAAACGCUUCAAAAAAAUAAUUAAAAAGAAAAAAGAAAAAAAAAAAAAAAAUAAAAAAAGAAAGAAAAGUAUUAUUCUCGAGAUCUAAAACACAAUUAUGACGAAAGAUCGUUCGAUCGUUUAAACUAUUCUCGUACGCGAGUUCGCAAAUUAAUCGGAUUUUCCGCGGUCGACCUUCGAAGACGUUUCUCCCUAACUCGGUGCGUAUCGCAUUAAUCACGCAGAAUAGGUAGAGAAGAGGGUGAAAGAGGGAGGAAGAGCUAACAAGAGAAAGACAGAGCUAGAGAUAGAUAGACAGAUAAAGAGAGAGAGAGAGAGAGAGAGAGAGAGAGAGAGGAUGAGGUCCCCUUAAAAUAAUCUGGUCCCGAAAUGAAAUCAGCCAAGGCAAUUUCCAGCCCCUAUACGAGAGGAUGCCGUGGCGCGUUAUCCAGGCACUCUGACCGCCUGUGGCCCGACGCGAUGCAACCGACAAAUGACGUUGGUCCAACCCCCUCGCGGCAGCUCACGGAAUUAAAGAUCCCGAGAUAAGGGUGUCAUGCUUUGCUAUGCAUUAUGUGUUCGGCAAAAAGCUCGCCCCCGGCUCUACUCCUGUUGUUCAGCCUCUCUUCUUCUCCUUCUUUCUCUCUCUCAUCCUCCAGGAAGCUUCCAAUUAAUCUUUCCCUGCUUUUUCCCAGAAAAAAAAAAAAUAUCGCCGUACUUGUUCCUUAUUCUCUCUCUCUCUCUCUCUCUCUCUCUCUCUCUCUCUCUCUCUCUGUUUCCCUUAUUGUUUCUCUUCCUAUUUCCUCUCUUUCAUUUAACGCACGACAUACUUUAACCGUUGCUUAUCGUAAUCGUUUUUUUUCUUUUUUUUUUUCGAAAACGAUAUCGUAAUAUAGAUCGUUGUUCAAUGAUAGAGAAAUUUUUUCCCGAAUGAUGGCAGGAAGGAAAUACCAAGGUACUUCGUUUUCCGAGAUUAUUGUCUUUUCGAAGAAGAAUUACAAAUCGUUUCCUUUUCCAUGAAUUUUUCCUUUCCUUUAUCUCUUUUUUUUUUUUUAUCCUUCUUCUACUUUUUAUUCUUCUUAGGAAGGAAAUUUCACGAAGCAAGGAGAAGGAACUGAUAUGGCAAUGUACGAUGGAAAAGGAAACGCACUUUCUCAUAGGGUCUUUGAUAAAGACGUAUAGAGUGCACAAAGAAAGAAAGAAAGAAAGAAUUUCCUUUGAAAUAGCUAGGCGGAGAGUAACUCAGGCAGACAGCGGGGGUGUAUAACUCCGGCCGCGUUAUGAUCUGCACAUCCUCUUGUGCUCGGACCGGCUACACCGAACGGAACCUUGCCAACCUUCAUAUUUCAUGUUUUAUCGCGCGAAAGUAUCGAGAAGAAGAACCGUUCUCUCCUAACUCUGACUCUGACUUUUAGAGAGUCGUCGAGGUUACAACGAAGCUACGGAAAACGAAAGAGUGUCCAUCUAUUUGAAGUUAUCAAUGUAUUCCUUUGUCUUUGCCUUUCUUUUUUUUUUUUUUUUUUUUUUAAUGACGUCUUUCUCAAAUUGCACGUCACAGUUUUAACCUUCAAUUAAAUUUCUUGCGUACGCUCGCACAAGGAACGAUAUGUCGUUGACGCUUAUAAAGAAAGAGGAUUCGACGUCGAAGAAAUACGAUCCAAAGAUGAAAUCAAAAUUCGAUGCUCUUGCAACGGAAUUUCAAUAUUACGGAGCGGCUAUUAGAAAUUUGGCACCGGCUAUGUCGUCGGUCGAGGACAAAAAUAGGAUAAUCUCUUGGGUGAAUAAACUCUUUGCCGCGGAAUAUCACGUAGAAAUUUUACGUGACAAACGUAACAGGUAUUUGUCAUCUUUAACUAUAAAUAUGUUGAAUGACAAGUUGCCAGGCGUAUUCGCCAAGGAUCCACCGAGUGGUUCGCUCAAAGACUUAUUUCGCGAGCCGGUAAUCAAAGCUCCACCUGCGGAAUGGGAAUUGGAUACAACUUGGAGCGAAUAUGUUGCAUCCUUGCCGGACUAUUAUGAAAAAAUAUUGUGUAGCUUUCACGACGAGACUUCGAUAUGCGAACAAGACACGUUCGAGAUGGACGAACAAAUGGAUAACGAAUUUUGGUUUUUGCUAUGUCAAAUCAGACCGUAUGCCGCAUUGAUGCCAUCACCCAAUGAAAAAACGAUAGUCACCGCUUGGAUUCAAACGCUAUGUCGAUUGAGCUGUAACAAGUGUAGCAAAAUGAAAGGACUUAGAAACGAUUACGCUUACGCCCUUUACGGAUACGUAAGGGAUUUGCGAAUAGCCGGACCGUUCGAAGAUUAUCCGCCUAUAAAUUAUCUCGAAUCGUUACCAGAAGCAGCCAGGCAAGCCGCGAAGAAGCAUCCAUUGACGUCGCCUUUUUCUCAAGAGGCAGAUUCCUUUAUCAUGGAGCAACCAACAACUGAGGAAGGUGCUUUUUGUUAUAUCGCUGUAACGGGUGACAUCAUUGAAACCACCGCCAAGUAAUCGUAAAAAAAAGGGGGAAAAACAAAACAAGCAAAGCAAACAAACAAACGGGGAAGAAUAAAGAUAGAUAAAAAAAUGUCGAUUUCAAUCAUUUUUUCGAAUCUUCUUAUCCAACAAACGAACGAACGAACGAACGAACGAACGAACGAACGAACGAACGAACGAACGAACGAACGAACGAAUAGGAUAGACUGGUUCGUCGAAAUCGGAUCCGCUUUAUCCCAAAGCAUCGUCGACGUACAUCCUAAAACAAUCACACGGCCGGCCGGCACGCCAUUAUACGGCCUUAACUUUGCUCACGCAGGAGCUCUCCGCGGGCGCCGUUAUGUAUAGGGUGUACCGAAGGAAAUAACCGUCAUCUGUAUUCGCGAUAACAUCGUAAUUGAAUGCGGUUGACGGGGAUUUGCUGUAGGACGCGAGCGGCCACCACUAACACUAGGAACGUCGUGCCAUAACUGUUCCCUCCUUCUUCCUCCUUACCCAACCGUACGUCCUCCUUCACCCCGUUCGUCCUUCUCUUUUCUUCUCUCUUUCUCUUGGCACCCUCCACACUUUCCUCUACCAAACGAAACGCGCGACACACACGACGACGGGCUCUCGUUUUCGAGUAGCAGACUUUCUCUUUCCCGUGUUUCAGCCUAUCUAUAUAUCUCUCUUUCUCUUUUUUUGCACCCCUUCCGCUCUUUGUCGCUCCAUGCUUUUCCUCUUUACCACCGCCCUUGAUAUCGCGAGAGUAUUAAUCAUAUCGAGGCGCGGAAAAAUCUACCUUCCUCUCCCUUUCCCUCCCUCUCUCUCUCACUCUCUCUUACCAUGUCACCGAUGGUAUUUCGCGCGUGUUAUAGUCUUGUGUGCGCGUGUGCGUAUACAAGCGAAAAAGGGGGACCUCUCGAAUGCGAAGAUAGAAAAUGAUAGGACCGAAAGGGAGGAGAAAGUUUAUGGACAGCGUCGUUACAUCGAACUAUUUGUAUAAAACGCUAUAACUUUUUACACUUCCCCUACAAUUUUUUUAUUUAUUGGUGUUCUCUAUUCGAAUAGUACGAAUAUAACACUCUUGGUCAGCCACAUAUAUACCUUUAUAUUACAUUUAUACACCAUAUAAGUGUAUAAAUAUUAUAUAGAAUAUGAAAAACUUAUAGAAAUUUAAAGAAGAAAUGUAAAAGACAGAUGGGAUGUCUAAUAUUUUGUAUAGAAUGACGUAGGAUGCGUCGAGGAAAUUAUUCUGAUAGUUCAAGAGAAAGAGAGAGAGAGAGAGAAAGAAGAAAGGAAAGCCAGUGGUAAGUUCAACUUGGGCUCAGAUCUGACUAUCGGUUCUUGCAUGCCGAAUGCACUGAUGGGAAAUACUUAUUUCCUGGCGACUGUCACUACAACUGAUUGGCGCAUGACCGCCAGAGUUCGCGUUCUAUUAAUGGCCAUCCAACGUUCCUCUUUUUACCUCUCCUCUUUUACCAGCUUCGAUAAUACCCUUUCGCCUUUUAUCAGCUCCGCUUGUCUCUUCUCCCUUUUCCUAUUUUAACUCUGAGCUUUGUCCAUGUCAUAAACUUUUUGCGUAUCACUUCCACAAUGAUUAACAAUGAAUUCUUCAAUUAUUUAACACAUUUGUUUUAACGUUCGGCUAGGAAUGAUGUCUUGAACGUCCGUUUCUAAAAUUACUCCUACGACGUAUUUGAUAGAUCGAUUUGGUCGGUCCUGCGAAAUAUCCAAAGCCCCCAACCAAAUGGUCGAUAAUAAUUAUUAAACGUCGUCGAUACUCGAAACGAUAUCUACGAUAUUUCUUUUGCCAACCAAAGAAAUCGAUGAUAACGUUCGUAACAAUGGAUCGUUCGAUUGGAAAACGACGAAACGUAUUGCUACGAUAAUACAUCUCGAGGCUCGUGAAAAGGCUUACCACGAACGGCCGUCG